CUUCUCUUCUCCCCUUCUUCCCUGUUGUCGUGUGUUUUUUUGCAUGUUGUUGUUGCCGCCAGUCGUUCUGCGUUCCCCGUCGCUCUUUUGAAACUCUUUAAUGACCCUCCCUUCUUGACGCUCACUAAUGUCGCUCUGAAACGAUCAUACUCUUAAUUGCUUGUCCUUGACGACUUGAACGCUCAUUGAUUACACUUCUGACGCUCUUUUCAUGAAGAAUUUGACUACCCCCACACCACCCCUAUAGACGAGUAUAGAGUCUAUAUCCACACAUACCCACCACGAACCACCCUCAUUACCGGCCACUCCGGAUUAUUACCAUCAUCGAUCUCCUCGUGCGAUUCCACAUUCCUUACAUCGAACCAAUCUAGGAAAACAAAAACAACUCCCCUCUUUCGGUCAACGUCAUUCUUGUUUAUGAUUAUUGUAUCGGCCCAUUGCUAUUUGCGUCGUCUGUCUAUUAUAUCACUAUUUGCAUUCUUCAUUACGGUUGGCACAUACACCACCAGUUUCGCCAACUUCAUCGCCUGUCUCUGGACGAUGCGCUAAUUUCUCGACUCGACAAUCUCGACAACCUCAACUUCGACAAUGCCGACAACUAAACAGUCAACGUCGCCUCCUCCACGGCGGCGACGAGCUCUGCAAGAGCGCAGCUCAGCCCACAACAAUGAAAGAUCACCAACUCGGUCAAUCCAGUCACUCCGCAUAGUCUUCGGGGAGAAAGAAGAUGCCGAAAUGUAUGAAGCCACGCCAUUUCCCACCAAGCCAGAACAAAUCUUGCUGCCGAUUCCCGGUAAAGGCCAGCAGCCAGGGUAUAUCUCGGAUACCGGCUUCAGCUAUGCAGAUACCCCCGGUCCAUCCUGGUCAUCGCCCACAUUCAGCCAUGCCGCGGCCAGCAGCACGCGAGACCUGUCCAUUCGCGAGACAUGGGAUGUAUCCUCCACCGUGGAUACAGUCAAUUCACCACCACAGUUGUGGGAUGAUCCUACAUCCAGCAAGUCCUCAUUGCCGGAGGUCAGCCCAAUGACCAAACAUGAGGAGUAUACAUCAGACGGGCCCGAUGAGCCGGAGUACUCAGAUGAUGAAAUGAUAGUCCUGCCCACCGCGACACCGACUAUCAAAGCAGUCAUCUCGGAACCUCCAACCUCGCCCAAGUCUGUCAGGGAAGAAGAUCAAUCGAUCAUUGGUUACUCCAGUCCCAAUAUUGAGCAGAUCGGUGCCCCAUCAAGCCCUAAUUUCGAACCCAUAGGCGCACCGUCGAGCCCCAACUUCGUGACGCUGGAUAACUCGAGCGUCAACUUUCUGCCAACUGGUACAGCCAACUCAGACUCGGAGCCGCGCUCCAACUCGCUGUCAUCGUGGAAUUCUCGUGGCACAGCCGUUCGUCACGCCGGUGUUACCGCGGCCUGGAUCCAAACGGCCGGUUCGUCCGAGCAAUUGAGCACUCGCUCGCCAUCACCAUUCUACUCGAGCCCGCCAUUGCGCUCAGUCUCCUCGUUCCGGACGCACAGCAGACAACCAUCAGCCAGUCGAUCCCGCUCCACGAAUUCUUCGUCACGCAGUUUCCGCUCAGUCUCGGAGAUGGCCGCUGCCAUUGACAGCGGUAUCCCAAUCCAGUACCCACGCAUUCGAGCUCCAUCGUCCAGCUCCCGCGCCGAUACCUCCGUAUCCUCAGACCGAGAUUACACGCCAGUCCGCGACUUCACCCCCGGCCCAGCCUCCGGCCGCUGGAACCCGCAUCUCUCCCGCGUCUCAUCAAACUGGUCCGACGAAGACCUGGCAAACCUCGCCGCUGCCGGCGAAGCCUUGUCCACCCCAGAGCGCGAGAUGUCCGAACCAACAGUCCCCUCUGCAGCCCUAACCACCCAAACCAGCAGCAACUCCAGCGAUUGGAUGGCAACAGACAGCGACGAAGACGAGCGACAAGACAGUCUGACAAACCUGCCCCCACGCCCGGGGUUCCCAGGAAGUCUCUCCUCGGGCUCCAAGCGCAGCAACAGCAUGCGCAGCCUCAAACGACCCGGUACAGCCUCAAGCACAGUCUGGCACAUCCUCCCCACCUGGGCUAAAAUAUACUACCGCGCCGACGCACUCGGCCUGAACUCAGCCCUCUCAAUAAUGGACGUCAGCAGACCCGGCACCUCCAACUCAAGCGUCUUCAAUUUCAAUCUCAUGCCCACACCACUCAACAUACCCCGCGGCCGAUCUCCCGAACGACCCCGUUCCCCGAACCGUGCCCAAUCACCCCCUCGACCCGAAUCGAAAUCACCCCCACAAGCAGUCCUACCCGCGGUCCAAGUCUCGCAAACAUCUCUCCCCCAACGACCAGGUGCAGUCCGCUUCGUCCAGCGCCGCAUAGAAAGCGACCCUCUCGACCCGCGCGCACACUGGGUCCCCUCUCCCGAGGAAGAAGGCCAAGUCAUCGGCGGUGCACCGCGUCAUCGAAUGCGCCAUAGCUGGUCGCCGCAUUUAUACACGGAUCGAAAGGGUAUUCCGCAUUCGACGAGUGCGUGGACGGCGCCGUCGUUGGAUUCCACGAAUGAGCCUUUGUUCGGGAGGAGGAAUGUUCAGGUUUAUUCGUUUUGUUUGGGGUUUAUUUUUCCGCUUGCAUGGAUAAUCGCAUCAUUCCUCCCUCUACCGCCUAUGCCGAAACUCGUUCCCGAGAUGACAAUGAACACGGACGAUGAUGUCGAGAUGGCGCUAGAAUCGCAGUUGAUGGCGCUUCAGCGUCGACGACAUGAAAAUGCACGGUGGUGGCGGAAUUUGAAUAGGUGGAUGAUUUCGCUUGGUGUGGUGAUUAUCGUUAUUAUCAUCGCGUUGGCUGUUAUUGGUACCACUACGGGCUUUUAAUAUUUUCGUUUCUUUUGGACUUGACUCGACUCGACCCCUUUUUCGCUUUCCUUUCUUUGGGACUAUCUCCGACUGCACUUGCACUUGAUCGACUCUAUUCUCCAAUUUCGGGACUUGGCUUGACUUGACCCCAACUACCAAUCUGGUAAUUUUCCUAUGCGACCUCUCACCUCUCACCUCACUCAAUCUGCAACUGCACCUUCGACUUUGAUUUCAACUUUACCUUGAUCUUCAGCGACGAAACUUCACUUCACUCCGCAUUAUAUCUCCGACUGUCUCUUAUGGUUACAUUCACAUUCACUACAACAACCCUUGGAACGAUGAUUUCCAUUCCUAAGGCGCUGUUUGUUCAUUCAUCAUUCUCUUCGCUGGACAUUUUAUCAGAUACGACCUACACGACACGAUUGUACGCACAUACAUAAUUUAUUCCCCCACUCACGCACGCUUCACUCGAUACUUCCUUCAACUUUGGUUACUUUGCGUCUUCGUUUUUGGUUUGCGUCUUAUUUUAUCUCUGGUUAGAUUUACUCAGAGAGGAACAUUUGUUUGAUUCGUUACUUUUUUUCAUUUUAUACUCGAUUCACGUCUUCUUUCUGGUUUCAUUUUACACUUGACAUGUGUUACUUUCGAUCUUGAUCUUGACUUUGAUCUCAACUCUGACUUGACACUUACAUUUUUCUUUCUUGAUUGCAUGUUGCAUCUGUAUAAUGGAUAUAUGCUUUCAUUUUACCAAUGUCUCUUUUGCGCUUGAUAUACACCUUGUGUACUCAUAUUUGUCUGAAUCUAUCUGUAUUAGAAUUCAAUUUCAUGAUUCAACACUUAUCAUUGAAACAUCGUAA